AUGUUCAUGUCCUUUGUGGAUGUGGCACAGCGGCCCCUUCACUGCUCCAGUAAUGAGACAGGGGCCAUUCAUUCCCAAACAAUAAGGCGACGGUACAACAAGGCCCGGCCGCUCGACGGGAGGCUGACUGAUCUUUACCCGAGCGCUCUCAGCUCUGCGCCCUUCUGCCUCUCCUCUGGGAACGCCACCAAAGCCCCGGCGACGGCUGAGCGGGGCCUGGCUGGAGAUCAGGGUGAUGAGAAGGGAGAUCUCAUCAUCCAUGGCGGUUGGUAA